AUGAAUAUUUUUUCUUUCUUUCUUUUUUUUUCUUCUUUCUUUUUCUUUUUUUUUCUUUAUUUCGCCUUUAUUCACUCAUUUCCAUUUCUUCUUUUCCUUUUCCUCCUUAUUGCUGUCAUUAUUUCUCCUUCUCUUUUAGUUCUUCCCUCCCACCCAUGCCCUGUCCUUUUCUUUUUACUCUUUUCUCUUUCUGUGCGAUUCUUUCUACCUCACCUUCUCCGUUUUAAUACAUUUUGUUUUUAUACAUUUUUUCUUUCGUUCUUUCCUUCAUUCCUUCCAUCAUUUCUUCUUUAUUCCUUCAUUCUUUCCUUGGCGCUAUUCAGCUUGUCCGUUUUCUUAGGAUCCAGGUUCUUUGUCGCACAUUUCCUUUGCUUCUUUUCUUCCCCAAUUUUUUUCGAUUAUUUUCUAAGAUAUUUAUAUCCUUUUCCUUUCUAUCUUCAUCUUUACAUAAUUUCUUCAUUUUUCUUUCCUUCCUUCUUUUCAUUCUUUCUUUUUAAUUUCCAUUUUAUUUUUUUCAUAUAUUUCUUACUUCACAAUUGCAUAUGUUUUAUUUCAUCAUUCUUUCUUUUUCCACUCCUUUCUCACUUCAAUUUAUACUCAAUUUUCUUCUUCCUUCCUUCCUUCCUUCCUUCCUUCCUUCCUUCCUUCCUUCCUUUUCCCUUUCUUCUUUCAUUUAUACUAUUAUUCUCUUCAGCCACCCUUUCUUACUUCAUAAUUCCUUCUUUCUUCAUUUCUUUCUUAUUAAUACCCAUUUCGUUUUUUCAUUCUUUUAUCCAAUCAUUUCUUCUUUUUCUCAUUUCUAUUUCCAUCUACCUUUCUUCUUCCUUCCUACGUUUUACUCUCUCCUCUUUUAAAACUUCUCUCUUCUUAAAUUCCAUUGCCUCCUCUCAUUCCUUCCCUUCUUUCUUUUCUGAUCAUUAUCUAUCUAUCUAUCUAUCUAUCUAUCUAUCUAUCUAUCUAUCUAUCUAUCUAUCUAUGUUCAUUAUAUAUCUCAUCCGUUCAUUAUCUAUCUAUCUAUCUAUCUAUCUAUCUAUCUAUCUAUGUUCAUUAUAUAUCUCAUCCGUUCCUUAUCUAUCUAUCUAUCUAUCUCAUCCUGUUCAUAUCUAUCUAUCUAUCUAUCUAUCUAUCUAUCUAUCUAUCUAUCUAUCUAUCUAUCUAGUCUGUUCAUUAUCUAUCUAUCUAUCUAUCUAUCUAUCUAUCUAUCUAUCUAUCUAG